AUGACGACUUUGGAUCCCCAAAUGAACACAUACAAGUCCUUUGUGAAUACACUGGGCGAGCCCAACACAAAGGAUGAAAUAAAAUUAAAGGCCGCUCAAGAAUUAUCGGAAAAUCUAGACACAAUUCUCGCAUCGCCUCACUACCCAGCCUUUUUGGCACAACUAAUGAAAAUAUGCCUGCAUAUCUUGCGAGAUGGCCAGCCACAAUUUAUAGCUGAAAAUCAUUUGUACAAAGUUCGAAAAAUAAUCCUAGAAAUUCUACAGAGACUUCCGAAAAAUGAGUAUUUUAAACCUUACGUCUCAGAUAGCCUAAAAAUUUUGUUAAAACUUUUGCAAACUGAAAACGAAGAGAAUGUGGUAAUCUCUAUAAAAAUCAUCUUUGAUCUUUACAAACAGUUCAAGCCACCUUUUCAUCCGGAAAUUCUACAGUGUUUGCAUUUCAUCAAAUUAAUUUAUAAUCAGCUACCGAUUAACAUGCCGAAAAUGUUCAGAGUUAAACCACCUAUAAUUGUAGACAGUCUGCAGGAUUUAAAUAUCGAAUCACAUCUUAAACAAAUCUUCACAAUCACUACGAUUCAGACCACAAAGGCCUCUUCCGAUGGGAAUCAGGUGACCUACAAUAUCGUACCAAGAUCAGCUCUUUCAUUAAAAUUCCUACAAGAUUUUACACACAUUAUCGCGUUUUGGCUCCGUAUGUACCGACAAAAUGUUGAAAAAGUCUUGGUAGAAAUUGUCCCUCUCGUUGCAAAGGCCAUCAUCCUGGAACCGAAUUUACAGGAAACAGAGUCCACAGGUUUUAAUAAGGAAGUGUUCCUCGACUUUGUGUGGGCGCGGAUUAGAUGUCUUACGUUUCUUGGCGCCGUCAUGCAAAUUUCUCCACAUCUAGUUCGUCCACACAGCAACUUGAUAAUCAAAGGAAUCUUUCGGCUUUUCAAUUCGUGUCCUAAGGAAGCAUCAAACAUCCGAAAGGAACUUUUGAUUGGAAUGAAGCAUUUUAUGGGAACCGAUUUAAAAACGAAAUUCAUCCCUUACUUGGAUAUCUUGUUGGAUGAAAAAACUCUAUCAGGAUCUGGAUGGAUGACACACGAAACUUUUAGGCCCACGGCGAUCAUCACAGUUGGAGAUUAUGCUCAUCACGUUCGACAUCAGCUUUCUUUUCCUGCUAUCAAGAAGGUAGUGAAUUUCUUCAGUAAACGUCUUCACGAUCAAAGUCUGCCUUCCACUGUACAGAUCUUUUCCUCCAGGGUGCUUUUCAACUUUAUUGAAUGUAUUAAAGUCCAACCAAUGACUGAAAAUAAUCAAGGGAGAGAGCUUUUAGUCAAAAUUUUGGAAGUUUACGUCCUGAAGUUUGAGGCGAUCGCGAAAUUGAUUUUACCGACUCUCGUGAAUAAGUCAAAAUCAAUUGCAGAAUCCGAGCCGAAACUGGAGAAAUUCCAGCGAGGCAACUUAAAAACUGAUGUGCAAACAAUUAUAGCAGAAAAUAGGAAUGUGAUUAAGUAUCUCGUUUUAGGAACAAAAAGUAUAUCUUAUAAACUUUGUGAAUACAAGCAGGGAGAUGCAUCCUCGUCGAAACAAUUUCAUCCGAAGGACACUCUGCUCUUUAUUAGAAUGCUAAAGUGGUCGCUUCAGGCUUUAGAUGUCUACAAGUUUGAUCGUCUUGAGCUCGCUCAAAGUCAGGGAGAGCUGCAAAAACUGAAACUCAAAGAGGAGAAGGAACUUCUGGAUCAUUUCUUUCCCAUAUUCACAAUGAUGAAUCCCCUGACAUUCCGGGAGAUAUUCUCGACGAUGAUUGAGUACAUGAUGGACUGUACUUUCAAAAAUAGGAUUUUGGAGACAAUCACUAAUGGAUUUCUCGUCAACCCAGUAAUGUCUCCGAUUUUCGGUGCGAUCUUGAGUGAGUAUCUCUUGGAAAGAAUGGAGUACAUGGCAUCCAACAAUGAUAGGAGCGAUUUUUACUUGCGAUACUUUAAAAUCGUUUUUGGAAGUGUUUCCUUUUCCCCAGUUUCAAGUGAGCACAUGCUUUGUCCGAAUCUGGAGAAAAUUGUAAGUAACGCCCUGAAAUUUGCGACUACAGCAAAGGAACCACUGCGCUACUUCCUGCUCCUACGGGCGCUCUUCAGAUCCAUUUGUGGAGGAUCUCAUGAUCUUCUCUAUCAGAAGUUUCUUCCUCUUUUGCCGAAAUUGUUAGAAGAUUUAAACAGGUUCCAAUCCGGACUUCACAAGCAUCAGAUGAAAGAAUUGCUGAUUGAACUUUGCCUCACUGUUCCUUGGUAG